CUUACGGGGUUCUGUGCUUCGUCAGGCGGAAGAGAACAGGAGGCUGAAAGACCUGGAACUGCAGCAGGAAGAGAAGCUGGCCGCCGAGUUAGCGCGACUCAAGCACGACGAGCUGAAGGACGAAAAGAUGAGGCAGCAAAUCAGAGAAAACAGCAUUGAACUGCGGGAGCUGGAGAGGAAAUUGAAAUCUGCUUAUAUGAAUAAGGAGAGGGCUGUUCAGAUUGCUGAGAAAGAAGCUCUGAAAUAUGAAAAAAUGAAGGAGGAUGCAGAGAUCUACCGAGCGAUGAAGGAGGAGCAAGAAAGAGCAGUUGAGGCAGAGAACACUGUUGAAAUAAGGCGCAACCAGGAGAAGUUGCUCUAUCAGCAAGAACUGGAAAAACAGCUGGAGCAACAAGAGAGGCGGAAACAGGCUGCCUACAAGGAGUUCCUUAGAGAGAAACUCUUGAUUGAUGAAAUUGUGAGGAAGAUCUAUGAGGAAGAUGAAAAGGCAAGACAAGACAGACUAGAGAAAAAGAGAGCCACGCAGAGAUUCAUUGAAGAAUUCAAAAAAGACCAGGCCCUGCGGAGGAGAAGGCAGCGUGAGGAGAUGGAAGAGGAGAACCGAAAGCUCAUGGAAUUUGCUAACAUGUGGCAGGAGAGAGAAGACAACCGGAUGGCAACGAUUCAUGAAAACGAAGAGAAAAAAAGAAAGCUCCAGCAAAUGCUUGCAGAAGUUCUGAAAAAAGAACAACAGGAGCGAGAGGAACUUGAGCAAAUCAGAGCUGAGUUGCACUUUGAAGAACAGGCUGAGGAAGAGAGGAAGAAGGAGAUGGAAGAGAUGGAGAAGAAAAUCAGGCAGCGCAUUGAGCUACGAAACUCAUACGAGGAACAGUUGGCCUCAAGGAAAGUGCUGCUGCAGGCCUUGAAGGAAGAGGAGGAGGCCUUUCGCCAGGCCAUGUUAGACAAAUUUGCAGAAGAUGACCGUAUUGAGCAGAUGAACGCUCAGAAACGAAGAAUGAAACAACUGGAACACAGGAGAGAAGUAGAGAAGCUGAUCGAAGAACGACACAAACAGUUUGUUGCAGACAAGGAACGUGAACUAGAAGAAAGACAAACGGAAGAAAGGAGGAAAGGAAUCAUUGAUGACAUUAUUGAGGAGGAGCGACAGAAGCUUCUUAAAGAGCAUGCAGUUAAACUCCUGGGGUAUCUUCCACGGGGAAUUCUUAAGGAUGAGCAAGACGUUAAUAUGCUUGGAGAAGAGUUCCGGCAAGCUUACCAAAAGAGGAAAGGGGAUGGGCUUUCAGAAGUCAACUGAGCUUUCAUUGCUUCACCUUAGACUCCUCCUAGAAGUCACCUGACCAUAGAAAUAGCAUUUGCUGCUACACUGACUUUUUAAAAAUUGGCUUUUAUAUUGAUAAAUUACUUAUUUGACCAUUGUU